AUGCAGGCAAAGAUGAGCCUUCAGCUUUUGGCUUUUUUCGCCAUUGGUACAAUCGCCGCGCCGACCGGUUUUAUUAACACCGGUUCCGUCGGAACUGGGGCCGUCCAACCUGUUGGUUAUACAACUUCCAAGACUUUAAGCUUGGAGACCCGCGACAAUAAUAUCGAAAUUGCCGGUUUAACGCCCGCGGACGAAAAGGCAGCAUACCCCGUCGAACAAAGAGCCGUCCUGCGACGGUCUCCUGUGGACUGGAUGUGCACGAUCCCGGGUUGCAGGAGGCUUUUCAGCAGCGAAGCCGCCAGGGAUCGUCAUAUGAAGACUGCGGUGCACAUCGCCCCCGAUGCUGAUAAUCAAGGCGGAAACUGA